AUGCAGGCUCGGGAGGACGCAGGGGCAGCGAGCUCAGCUCGCCCCGGCAGGACGACGAGCAUGCGCAUUAGCCGCCACCGGCCCUCAGGCCCCACCCACCCCCCGACCGGAGCCCCGCCUCCUGGUCGCCGCGCGUGCGCAGCCGUGCUUUUCCCGUGGGUCCCUGGGGCGCGGCAGAUUCGUAAUUGCAGGCGGCCUCUCGCUCGCUCGCUGCGAAUCCCGCCUGCUUCUCGUGCAAGUAACCGCCAGGGCGAGGGGAGCGGCUCCCGGAACACUCGAGCCGCCACCGAGCGGCUCCACAAGUGGGCGAGCAUGUCGGACGCGGCGGAGGCGGAGGCGGAGCGCGGCGGCCCGAAGGCGGCGGCGGAGGCCGGGGAAUACCCGCUGGUGUUCCUGUGCGCGCGCUGUCGCCGGCCGCUCGGAGACUCGCUCACCUGGGUGACCAGCCAGGAGGACAGCAGCUGCAUCCUCUUGCGCUGUGUUUCCUCCAAUGUGUCUGUGGAUAGAGAACAGAAGCUGUCCAAGUGCAAAGAUGAAGAUGGGUGCAUUCUUGAGACUCUGUCCUGUACAGGCUGCUCCCUCAGACUUGGCUAUGUGUACAAAUGCCCUCCCAAGAGCCUAGACUACAAGAGGGACUUGUUCUGCCUCAGCGUAGAAGCCAUUGAAAGUUACACUUUAGGGUCCUCUGAAAAGCAAAUCGUGCCAGAUGACAAGGAGCUUUUCAAUCUGGAGAACAGGAUUGAGAUAGAGAAGUCUAUAAAGCAGAUGGAAGAUGUUCUGAAAGCCUUGGAGAUGAAGCUGUGGGAGGUGGAGUCCAAACUGCCCUUUGCUGGCCACUGCAGCUGAGCUGCGCUCCGGGCCCCACCCUGCCCCAUCCUUGCUCCCAAUGUGUGUAUUUCAGGGGAAAAGUCACUCACUGUUUCUUGUAUUUGGAUUUUAAAGCCAGUUUAUGAUACAUGCUGGAAUGGAAUUUUGUGAGUUCUUAUUUUCAUAAAAAACCACGAUGGUUUUUCUGUCUUUUUUCCUGUUAAAUUCAUUGUAUUUGUUCAUUUUUCUAGUUUGUAAAACUUUGUCACUUUUAAUACUUUGUAUAAGCCAGGCAGUGGUGGUGCACACCUUUAAUCCCAGCACUCUGGGAGGCAGAGGCAGGUGGAUUUCUGUGAGUUUGAGCCCAGCCUGGUCUG